UGACAGCAACUCUGAGGAUCACGGAAUAGAUGAAGGCUCGUUAGAAGACUCGGGCACCAAGUUGGAGUGGCACCAUUCAUUGUUAAUUAGAAUGAUUUUUGUGGACAAGAAAGCGAAAUAG